AUGGGAACGGCAAUAGACAGUCAGGGAUAUGCUGCAGACAGCGUGGCUGCAGCCCCGAACCUUCACGCUGCAGUAGCUGGCGGUGACAUUGGGUUGGUGGAGCUGCUCGUAAGCAAUGGCGCCGACGUCAAUGAGGAGGAUCUGGCAGACAGCGAGACCCCGCUCUACCGGGCAGCUGGUCUGGACGACCCGCAAAUUGCCCAGGUACUCCUUGCAGCACAAGCUGACGUCAACUGGUCGGGCUCAGAGUUCAGUUUUACAGCCUUGCACAAGGCCGUCUGCCUCAACAAUUUCAAGAUGGUGGAGGUCCUUCUGAAGGGGGGUGCUUACCGAGAUGAAACAGACGAAAGUGGUUCCACACCGCUCAGCCUAGCAAGAUCUGUACAGCUCAGGUUGGAGGCUGAGCUGGAUGAGGCAGCCGAGAAUUGCGGGCACGUGUGCAUGCGCGAGCUGGAGCGUCAGGAGGUGGUCUGCGAGCUAGAGCAGAAUUGCAAAAUUCGUGAUUUGCUCUCCUAG